AUGCCUUGUCCUAGAGGAGAUGCAUCAAACUUUUAUUACGUGUCAAAAUUAAAUACGUAUAAUUUCACAAUAUGCGAUAUCAAAUCUAAAGACACUGCAUGUUAUGUCUGGCAUGAAGGUGAAGCUAAACGCGGUGCUAUAGAAAUAGGAUCUUGUUUGCUUAAAUACAUACAGAAUUUAAAGCUUAAAGCUGAAGAACUAGAUUCAAAAUUAGAUAUAGUCUUUUAUUCCGACAAUUGCUGUGGCCAGCAAAAGAACCAGUACAUAAUAGCUCUUUAUGUAUAUGCAGUUUACCAUCUCGAUUUUAUUAAUUCAAUAACCCACAAAUACUUAAUAAAAGGGCACACCCAAAAUGAGGGUGAUAAUGUCCACUCCCUUAUUGAAAGAGGAGUAGGUAAAGCUCUAAAGUCUGGACCCAUAUAUACACCUGACCAGUAUGUGCACAUUAUAAGAAAUGCUAAAAAAUCUGGUAAAGCCUAUCAAGUAAAUGAAUUAGUACACGAAGAUUUUUUUGAUAUAAAAGCGUUGGCUUCAUCGAUAGGCAAAAAUUUUUCUAAGAAUAUGGACAAAGAAACGUUAAAGCUAGGAGACGUCAAAAUUUUAAAGGUGGAAUCUAAUGACUCUAGUUACUGUUUUUCCUAUAAAACAUCGUACGAGGACACAGAGUUUAAAACAGUCAUGAUAGAUAAAAUUGGUAAGACAAGAAACACUGCCAAUAAUAUCACUGUUAAAAAGGCAUACAGAGAAAAAAUCCCAAUAUGUGAGAAGAAGAAGAAGGAACCACCUUCAAGAUUAACAAUUACACGCAUACGAGACAAAUUCGAAGUUCAUGGAACAGUGUGUGAUGUGCAUAAAGGUCAUUCAGGUCGGCCUCGAACAGCUACAAGUGAUGAGUCAUCAACGGCAGUCUUGGAACUGUUUCAACGCUCUCCUAACAAAUCUUCAAGGCAAGGGGCACGUGAAAGUGAUGUAAGUGCUAGCAGCGUGCUACGCAUUCUGAAGAGAGGCAAGUAUCGUGUUUACAUUCCAAAGCUGGUGCAACAGCUAAAUGACGACGAUCCAGAUCGAAGGUUGCAAUUUUGUGAAUGGAUUCAGGAGAUGGUGAUACGUGAACCGGGAUUUAUGGGUAGCAUCAUUUGGUCGGAUGAAGCCCAAUUCAAACUUAAUGGAACUGUCAAUAGGCACAAUUGUGUUUACUGGGGUGAAGAAAAUCCUCACAUUACAAUUGAAAAAGCUAUAAAUUUGCCUGGUAUAAAUGUGUGGUGCGGUUUGUCUUCAAGGGGACUCAUUGGACCUUUUCGAUUUGAAGGCACUGUAACUGGUAUUAAUUACCUAACAAUGCUUGCUGAUUCCAUAUUUCCUGCCAUUCGUGCAUUAUACGGUAAUGAUGAUUUUUAUUUUCAACAAGAUGGUGCUCCGCCGCAUUAUCACAGGGACGUACGAGCUUACCUGGAUCAAAAUUUGUCGGGCCAGUGGAUAGGACGCAGGGGGCCAAUCGAGUUUCCAGCACGCUCUCCAGACCUUACACCACUGGAUUUCUUCUUGUGGGGCACAGUAAAAGAUGAGGUGUACAAACGUAAACCACGUAACCUAGACAUUCUUUGGAAUGAGAUUCAAGCAGUGUGUAGAGAAAUCUCAUUGGACGUUUUGAUACGAUGUACAGAAUCUGUGGUGACUCGUACUCAGAAUUGUAUUGAUGCUGCAGGUCACCAAUUUGAACAGUAUUAA